AUGGGAGAUUUUCUGCAAACUUUAUUGAACGCUUCUGAGAAAGCUGCAAACAUUGCAAGAUCUUGUGUUGGACUAAGUGACAUUAGCGACUCACUCUUGGUUGCUGAAAAAUGUGAAAGCGAAGCAAAUUCACGAUUUGAUAAAGAUUUUAAAACAAUUGCUGACGUCUUAGCUCAAGAAACUGCAAGAUCUAUCAUAAUCAAAGAUUAUCCAGAGUUGAAGGAUAACGUCAGGGGUGAAGAAUGUGCAGAAAUAUGUGGACAUGAAAUUAAACUACUGAAUACUGAAGCUGAAACAGAAAAACUUCUAAAAUCAGUUGUCACAGCAAAUUUAGCUUCACAAAUGGCAAAAGCUGCUCACAGUGAUGUCCAAAAUGAUUAUUCCUCUCUAAUAUGUGAUGGUCUACCAGAAGUAGAUACUACCAACUUAGGUGUCUGGAUAGACCCAAUAGAUGCAACAGCAGAAUUCAUAGCUGGAGUUCAGGGUAAUGCAAAACCUGGUGCUGGUCUUGAAUGUGUAACUGUCCUGAUUGGGGCAUACCUUAGAACAACAGGUGAACCAGUACUAGGUGUUAUCAAUCAGCCAUUUUAUAAAAAUGGGAAAGGGCGGGUUAUGUGGGGUUUAAGCUUUGAUGGUUUUCACAAGUGGGGAGGAAAUCACAUUGAGGAGACCAGCACCACUAAAGUUAUACUUAUGAGUAAUGCGGAAGAAUCCAAAAUAAAACAGAAGCUUCUGAAUUCUUCAUUCAACAUAGAUACUGCACCUGGAGCUGGUAACAAACUUAUGAAAGUUGCCUUAGGUGAAGCAAUUGGUUAUGUGCUUUCAAAGGGAACAACAUUUCUUUGGGAUACUUGUGCUCCUCAUGCAAUACUGAAAGCAAAGGGUGGUGAUAUUAAAACAUUUAAAUUUAAUAAAUGCAUCAAAUAUAAUAUUCCUGAAUGUGAUGAUAAUCAACAGUAUUGUAAUUCUGAUGGCAUUAUUGCCUAUGCUAAUGAUGUUAUAUUCAAUGACUUUAAAAAAGCCUUUGUAUAA